CGUGACGGACUCACGCGUGUUUACACGUGAGGUUUAUGAAGACUUGAAUAUUUUGCGCAUCAAGAAGUUAAAAAACGGUUUGUGUUCUUAUAACGUGUAUAUGGGUUUAAUUAGUUGUUUGUUUACACUCAUUCUGUAAUAGUAAAGCUAAAAGCCAAUUCAGGUUUCAAGCGUAAAUGGGAAAACUCAGAAAGAAGCACAACUGGAAGGGGAGGCAGCAAAAUGCUCAGUUACCAGCAGAGAGUCAGACAGACAUAGUGGUGGAACUGGAAGAUGGAGCCAGACUGAAAGGUGUGGAUGAGAGCAAUGCCCUUGUGCUCCCAGCCAGCAAAGCCAAGAAGAAGACCAUUGGCAAGGCCACUGUGUCAAAGAAAAAGCCGCUCACCAAGAAGCAGAAGAAAGAGCUGCAGAAGGUCCUGGAGCGCAAAGAGAAGAAAGCCCAGAGAGCGGACAUACUGACCAAGCUGGCUGAGGUGCAACUUCCAGAGUCUGAACUCAAUCUGCUUUACACCACAUCCAAACUGGGUACAGGGGACAAACUUUACCAGAGCAAACAGGCAGCUGAUGAAAAAAUAGAUGGAGAAUUGGGAUCAAAAAUCAGCAGUGUCAGUGGUGCGAACAGGAAAAGAAAAUGGAAAGAAGAAGAGGAAGAACUAAAACAAAGUAGUGAUCUCAACACUUCCUCUGAAGAAGAUGAUGAUGAUGAUGAUGAUAAUGAACCCAAUGAUAAAACAGAUGUGGUUGACUCUUGGGAAACUGCCACCACCAGUCAGGAGCCAGAAUGCAAGCAAGUGUUGAAGGAACAAGAAAAAGUAGCAGACCAAGAUGGACUCAAAGAGACAAAGGGUUCAGAUCAGGAAAAAGUCCAAAGCAAAAAGCCAUCGCAGCCGGCCGUCUUUAUUCCUGUUGACAGAUUGCCAGAGAUACAGGAGGCUCGUUUGAGGUUGCCAAUCCUGGGGGAGGAGCAGGUCAUUAUGGAGGCAAUCAGAGAGAAUCCCUGCGUUAUCAUCUGUGGAGAGACAGGAAGUGGAAAGACCACACAAGUGCCACAAUUUCUCUAUGAAGCCGGCUAUGCCAGUGGGAGUGGGAUUAUCGGUAUCACAGAGCCAAGAAGAGUAGCAGCUGUGAGCAUGUCUCACAGAGUAGCAAAGGAGAUGAACCUGUCAACACGGGAGGUGUCCUACCAGAUUCGAUAUGAGGGGAAUGUGACCAGUGAUACCAAGAUCAAGUUUAUGACUGAUGGUGUUCUACUGAAGGAGAUUCAGAAGGAUUUUCUGCUCACGACAUAUAAUGUAAUAAUCAUCGAUGAGGCACAUGAAAGGAGUGUGUACACAGACAUUCUUAUUGGGCUGCUGUCCCGUAUUGUCCCUCUUAGAAACAAGAAAGGUAUGUCCAUGAAGUUGUUAAUUAUGUCAGCGACUCUACGGGUGGAAGAUUUCACAGAAAACAAGUUGUUUAGAUCUCCUCCGCCAGUCAUCAGAGUGGAUGCUCGGCAGUUCGCAGUCACAAUCCAUUUCAACAAACGCACACCACUUGAGGAUUAUACUGGAGAAGCUUUUCACAAGACCUGCAAGAUCCACCGCAUGCUGCCUCCAGGUGGUAUCCUGGUGUUUUUGACUGGUCAGGCAGAGGUUCAUAGCCUGUGUCGAAAACUGAGAAAAGCAUUUCCAUUCAGGAAGGGUUACGCAACUACAUGCGAAGGUGGUGAGGCAGACGCCUUAGAGGCAUUAAGAAAGUUUAAGAAGGCCAAAAAGAAGACUGUUUCCCUGCCUCAGAUCGACCUGGAUAACUACUCUGCCCUCCCAGUAGAUGAAGGAGAUGAAGACAGAGAAGCAGGAACAGGAGAUGAGGAGGAUGAAGGCUCAGACUUGGAGCUGGGAGAUGAUCCUGUUGACACAGAGACAAAGGCAGACCCGUCCAUUCCUCUCUAUGUCCUCCCCCUGUACUCAUUGUUGGCACCAGAACAGCAGGCCAAGGUAUUCAGGCCGACCCCACCAGGAACCCGUCUAUGUGUGGUUGCAACCAAUGUGGCAGAGACGUCUCUGACAAUCCCUGGUGUCAAGUAUGUGGUCGACUGUGGACGGGUUAAGAAGCGUUUCUACGAUCGUGUAACCGGGGUGUCGUCCUUCAAAGUUACAUGGACGUCACAAGCCUCAGCCAAUCAGAGGGCAGGAAGAGCGGGAAGGACAGAAGCAGGACACUGCUACAGGUUGUACUCAUCUGCAGUAUUUUCAGACUUCAGUCAGUUUUCUGAUCUAGAGAUCACUCGCAGACCUGUGGAAGACCUGGUUUUACAGAUGAAGGAUCUCAACAUAGAUAAGGUGGUUAAUUUCCCGUUUCCCACAUCGCCCUCUGCAGAGGCUCUUGCUGCAGCAGAGCAGUUACUGAUCUCACUGGGAGCUCUGAAAGAGCCACCUCGCACAGGAACAGUGAAGCAGAUGGCGCAAGCCCGGUUGAGCUGUGUCAUCACCCCUCUGGGCAGAGCAAUGGCUUCAUUCCCUGUGGCGCCGCGCUACGCUAAGAUGCUGGCUCUCGGGAAGCAACAGGAUUGUCUUCCUUAUGUUAUUGCUGUGGUGGCAGCCAUGACAGUCCGAGAGCUGUUUGAAGACCUUGACAGACCUGCGGGUAGUGAAGAUGAGAGCGCCAAGCUGAGCAAGCGUCGGGCACGGGUCACCCAAAUGAGGAGGCUGUGGGCCGGACAGGGAGCCUCACUUCUGCUGGGAGAUCUUAUGGUCAUGCUGGGUGCUGUUGGAGCUUGUGAAUUUGUUGGUUGUACGCCUAAAUUUUGUCAGGAGAAUGGCCUCCGGUAUAAGGCCAUGGUGGAAAUAAGGCGGCUCAGAGGACAACUUACUAAUGCAGUGAAUGCAGUGUGUCCAGAGGUGGGAGUAUUCAUGGAUCCCAAGAUGACUCCGCCAACAGAGAGUCAGGUGAUUUGCUUGCGGCAGAUUGUGUUGGCCGGAUUAGGUGACCACCUCGCAAGGCGUGUCCAGGAAGAAGACAUACUAGAUCCAAAAUGGAAGAAUGGCUACAAGACCCCACUUAUGGACGAUCUGGUGUUUAUUCAUCCCGCUUCUGCACUGUCUAAAAGCCUGCCAGAGUUUGUUGUGUACCAGGAGAUCAUGGAGACGACCAAGAUGUACAUGAGAGGUGUGUCAGCAGUUGAAGCAGAGUGGGUGCCAGAGCUUCUGCCCCAGUACUGUCAUUUCAGUUCUCCUUUGGAGGUGCCGCCGCCAUGGCUCUGUUCCUCCACAGGGACCAUCAGAUGUCACCGUUCAAGCACCUUCUUCCGUGUAGCUUGGCAACUGCCCGCAGUGGAAAUGGAGUAUCCAGAUGGCCUGGAGCGCUACAAACUGUUUGCACGGUUUCUGCUCGAGGGACAGGUGUGUCCUAAACUAAAGAAACACAGACACAACCUUCUCUCAAAUCCUUCCAUCAUGCUGAAAACAUGGGCAAAGCUGCAGCCCAGGACAGAGGCUGUACUGGAAGAGCUGGUGUCAAAGAAGGUUGACUGUAGAGACGCUCUCCUCUCUGUCUGGAAGACUGAUGACAAAUUCAUGUUGUCUGCAUACUGCCAGUGGCUUCCUGAAGCUGUGCACCAGGACGUGGCUAACAGCUGGCCUCCUUUAUGAAAGCCAGCGUCAGUGAAGGAGGCAAUAACGACAGAACUUGCAGCCAGAGAAAUUCAGUUGAUGGACAGACCAGCAGAAGUGCCUUCUUCAUCUUUUUUGCUGUCUCUGCUCACUAUUUUAAAUGUCCUUUCAAAGUGUAAUGCUGAACACACAAUUUUUGUUCAAUAUAUUAUUCACCCUGUGUUUGAAUUGUACAGUUUUUUGUGGACUAUGAAUAUCACAUUUGGAACCCUGGAAUGAUUUUUAUCGUGUUGGUGUAUUGCUGUUGGUUACUGUAUGUGUGUGAAAUUUGGUCUUUAUAAGACUGAUUAAAAGUGUGCCUCUG